AUGUCAGAGGUUGCGAACACGAUGAAGACCGGCUUCAACUCUUUGGCGACAUCAUUGAAAGUUAUACAAGCUCAAAUUGACAGCAUUGAAAACAAAGUAAAUUCAACCGCUAGUGCCCAACAAAGCGACAUGAGAGCCGUCACCGGUAACAUUGCUGAGUUGUUGAUGCAUACCGCCGAACACCUCCAAAACCAGCCUGCAUUGACAGCUCCUAUCUCGGUUGAUGAGGCAUCCGGCGCAAAUCAUGACGACGAGACCCACAUCAACUAUAGGAUGAAUCGAAACUUGGUCACUGUGACUGAUGCUUGGCGUGCGUAUGGUGUGGGGCUUGUGGAACACCAUGGUACAGGUUUGCGAAAGGAUGAUCGCAGAGAAUCCUGGGUCUUGAGUCGAACUAUCACAUUUAUGCGAGAGGUUAAACGGUUAGCUGCUCAGAACGGUAUAUCGAGUGAGCAGGCAGUUGAUCAACUGGAAAUAAGCCGUGUAUAG